AUGGAUCAAUCUAAAACUGACAAAUCCGUGACGCCGAGGCCUCAAGUCGUGUGCAUCGACGUGGUGCCGUCCGCAUUCUUGAUCUCCCCUCAAGUUGACCAGCGUCUGAGGGUAUACGCUAAAAUGCUAGCCGAAAAAAUUGCAGAGGCGGGAUCCAUGCCUUCAGUAAAUUUUUAUGUCCACGAGAAAACCCCAAACCUAGAAUGCGGUGAUGAUACCACGCCGUUUGUUCGCUCCUGGCAAUCAAUCCUUAAAAUGAAAUAUUUUUACGAAGGUCUUAGAAGUCGUUUAGCAGCUAUUUCCAAGUUACCAAUGGGUCUCUGCCUCGCCGAGGAUCAGCAUGCCUUGGAAGUUCAACAUCACCGUCAUGAAGGCCGUCUUACUCCAAUUAACCUUCGCCUAGGUGUUCCCACCUUAGACGUUGAUGCGAAUAGUCUUUUGGCGACACCACCUUCCCUUGCCUGGGCCCUCACUGUUACCAUGGAGUUCAAUCGUCUUCAGGCAGAAGAUGAGAAGACCCGGAGAUUGGAUUCAAAUUUGACUGUUAAAACUGUUGGUGUACUCGAGAACUGGAUUGAAUUUCUUACUUAUGGUACGCUACUCACGGACGACAUUAACAAGUCCUCUGUUGUCGGUGGAGACAAGCUACUCUCAAACACCACCUCAAUGGUUCAACGUGUCUCCUGCGAACCUCCCAUUAUCACUAUUGUCAUAGAUCCGGUCACUAAAGGUGACUUAGAGCGAGGCUGCGUUGAGGUUGAUACGGAGGGAGUAGAUGAACAGUUUCUUCACAUCGAAUUUGCUUGGCGCAACGCCGUGACCAACCAAGUUUCCGACGGAUCCGCCAUACUUAUCUGCGACGAUGAUCUGAAGACUUCCACCGAAGCUACGGCACACAAGGUCAUCACCCUCUGUCAGGAGCGCCUAUCCAUCACUGCCGCCCCCUCAAGUGGUUCCACUUAA